AUGGCCUCCGACGACUCCGAGGAUCGACGAUCAGCUGCUGGAUCUUCCGCUGGAUCUGAAGUCGCCGCUCCCAAGAAAUCGAAGGCAUCAGCCGGCCAGCGCAGUGGAGUCUCUCUAAAGCCUAAGAGGAAGCGCGCAAAGAAGGCAGCCGGAGAAGCUGCUGACCGCGAGAGACAUGAAGCUGCAGCGUCAGGCAGCAAAGCCAUCGCGAAACUGAACAAAAUCAAAGUGAAGAUUGAGUUCCCCAAGGACGCCCUUCCACCGCUGAAGCACGGUGAAAUCGAACGAGUCCCCCACCCGGACGAACUUAACGCACAGCUCGCAACCGAUGACUACGAUAACAUUGACGAUCGAAGCUACAAGAGCAAUGCGAUCAAUAACCUCCGCCAGGCGCUACGCCGGCAGUUCAACGACAUUAUGGCACGCGAGGUCGAGAUCCACUGGAAGAAGGCUCGCAGUAACAACCCAGAGCUGAUCAAGGAGUGGUUUGAGAUCUACGACAUCGACGGCAAGGCCAUCCCUCCAGCCAAGUCCGAUCUGAAGGGGGCAGCUCUCACGGCUUGGAAAGACAAGGAGGAGACUAUUACAGCAGCCAACAAAGCUACGCAUCGCAAGGACUUCGUUAUGCAGAUGCGUAGUAACCUCCACGCUCGGGACCUACUGAACAAGAUUGCGAAGCCAGGCGACCGCGACAAGCUCAUCGCAGACUACCCGUACCUCUUCAACUUCGGCAAGGAAUACGCAGACCGCUCCAAAAUCUAUGGAGGGCUUCGAGGCCGUCCAACAGUUCAGCCACCGACUACUUACUACAUCCCCACAGGCGAGAUCUACCCAACACCCAAAAUGCUUGGAAUUAGAGAGGCUACGUCUAUGCCUCCGAAGGCCUUCUCGCGCAAACGCAAGGCUAAGGACGGCACCGCGCAGCUGUUGCUACCAGAGUUUCAGAACCAGUGCUUCAAUUCUUCCAAAUCCGCACUCUUGGACCUUAACGAUUCUAAGGACAUCGAUAUCGCGGAACGUCUGGACGAGCUACGACAGCAGUUCGACAAGGCAGGACGAGGAACUAUGCCAAAGACAUCCUUCGAACUCCGCAAUCAAGCCGGGACAACAGUCGCUCAGCUUGUUAUAGCAGCAUCUAUGACCAACCUGUGGCAAGACGACAAGGGCGAAAUCCUCGAAGAGAUUUACCCCUUCUACUCCGCAGCCCUGAUGCAGCUGGGACAGUUUCCAACCGAAUUGAAGUACCCUAUGAUAGACCUGCUUCUAACCUUAGCACCCGAUAGACCCGGGCUCCUGCAGUGGGACAUCGAUGAAACUUUCUACGAUAAGAAACUCGCCGCCAUAAGCGUGCAGCAAAUACCACGCCAGCCUGAUCAGCCAAAAGCCGCUGGCAGCACGAACGACUCAGACGACCCUAAGUCUAUAGCUCCGGCGAAGAAGAAGCAGAAGCUCGCCGAGACGAAGAAAGCACCAGCAAAGAAGGCACCGGCUGCAAAGAAGACAGCGGCGCCGAAAGCAAACAAUGGGAAGAAGGCAGCUACUAAGGACCACCCUACGUCUAUCGCCGCAACGUCGAAGGCUGCAGGAAAGAAGCCAACGACUGCGCGCCAACCAAAAAUCGCCAGCAAGUUCAUGCAGUCUGAUACCGACGAGGAGCCUACGGCAGCAAACCCACCCGCUCCGGACAAGCAAAAGAGGAAGAUGCGCCAACCCAAGCUUGCUGACAGGCACCCGCUGGCUAAGGAUACGAGCGAUGCCAAAUUCGGCGACGACAUGUUCCGCCCAGGAGAGCAGCCUCAGCCACUACCCUUCACCUUCGGCGCAAAAGACAUGAUCGCAUCGAUCACCACUACAGCGCGCAAGUCCAACGUCUGCCCAGCGCGCUGGCUGUGUAAGACACAAACGGACCGAAACGUCAUUCGGAAAAACGCGCAGCUCAUGGCCAGCAAAUACAAGAUUGACAGAUUCGCACUCGCCACCUGGGACAAACUUUUCGGCAUGCAUACAGAACCACUGGCACCCGCGAACGAGGGCAUGCAGAAACCAGAGAUGCCAGUGGGACCAUUUGAGGAAGAUAAGAAAUUCGAGGGACUCUACCAACUCUCACAGGAGCCUGACUCGAAGCCCUUCGUGUUGACCGAAAUUGGACCCCAGGUCUAUCGAUGCUUGUGGUCCAGGGUUGCCCCAAAGAAGAAGAUUGAGAUCCUCUGUUACCUCGUCCAGAAGGGAGGCAGUAAGAAAGACCCGAUCGUCGUCUACACUCCAUCUUCGGAUCCCUGGUUAACAUUCUACAUGAAUGAGUGGGUACACCGAUCAGGCCCUACGACUUGGAGCUGGGAAACUUCCGAUAUUAGCCCUACGUCUAUCGCCGACAUCCUGGGUACCUACUCCGAACUGUGGAAGCCAGCUCGGAAAGAAGCUUACCACAUUCUGAGCGAAAUGCAGCACGACUUGCAUAGUGCGAACAGGGCGGCGCGCGCAAUCGAAGCCGUCGGCCUGCUGCGCAAGCUCGGCAUUACUACAGCCACGGCCGACCAGGUUCGAGACGUCGACAAUGGAUGGCCGAUGCUGGCAACUUCUUGCCCAGCGCAGGCACGCAACAUCGCAGAAGCCGCCAUUCUACUAGCUGAGCACCUCACAUUGCGCAAACACAACGUGAACACCAUCCUGCAGUGGCACCUGUACGUUGACGACAACUUCCAAGCCUACAAGGAGCCGCUGAGACCGACUUGA